AUGAAAGUCGUCCACAUUCAGAAGAAGCACCUGAAAAGGAUAAUCGUCGCGAUUUUCAUCUUCAGCUGUCUCGUUUCUUUCUACUUUCACUCAGACAGUAAACCGACUUCAUCAAAACUCCACAAAAAGUCCGAGAAGAAACACAAAAAGCACCACUCUAGCUUCAACCCCGAACUCAAAGAUGAUCCAGUGGAAGACUCCCUAGACGCUCCAUCCUUCGAUUCAAAGAACGAAAUUCCCGAUUUUCAAUCUUUUAACGAGGAUGAAGAAAAAUCUGACGAAGAGAUUCAGCUGGAGAAAGAAUCCUACGGAGACGGAUUCAAAAAGUGGCGCCUUGAAGAACUUGAUCCGACUGAUUACGAGGGCUGGCCAAAGUUGACGAAUCGAGCUGGGAACUACGAGCAACGGCCGGAGAUUCCAGAGGUUGGAUCUGAAGGACAUGAUGGCACCAACACCGGGGAAGGAGGACUUUCUCCGAUUAGACUGACUUCUGAUGACCAGAGAAAGGUACAAGCGGCUCUCGGCCUUUGGGGAUUCAACAUGGUAGCUUCGGAUAAAGUCAAUAUGGACCGAAUUCCCGCUGACUUGCGCAUGGAAGAGUGCAAGCGAUGGGACUACCCAGACAAACUUCCUGCUGUUUCCGUUAUCCUCGUCUUUCACAACGAAGGCUUCUCCACUCUUUUGAGAACAGUCCACUCUGUGGUCAACUAUUCGCCUCCAGAGAUGCUCCACGAAGUUGUGAUGCUUGACGACGGCUCAACGCGAGAAUACAUCACUAACGGAACGAUUGACCGGUACAUUGAACGAUGGGACGGCCUUGUGAAGAUUUUCCACAACGAAAAGCGAGAAGGGCUCAUUCGCGCGAGAACAAUCGGAGGAAAGCACUCGACUGGUUCUGUUCUCGUCUAUUUGGAUGCUCACUGCGAAGUUGAACCCAACUGGCUCCCUCCUCUUGUUACACCUAUUGCCAAAAACUAUAAGGUAUCUACUGUCCCGAUGAUCGACUCUAUCGAUGGAAACACUUACGUCUUCGAGCCCCAGCAAGGAGGAGACGAAAAUAACCUGGCCAGGGGCGCGUGGGACUGGAAUUUCGACUGGAAGCGAAUUCCGUUGAACAAGCGUGAGAAAGCCCGCCGUCAGACUAUCUCUGAGCCUUUCAGAAGUCCCGCAAUGGCUGGAGGUUUGUUUGCUAUCUCUCGGAGAUGGUUUAUUGAACUCGGCUGGUACGAUGACAAGCUUGAAAUCUGGGGCGGAGAGAACUUCGAGUUGAGCUAUAAGUUGUGGCAGUGUGGAGGAGAGUUGCUUUUCGUCCCGUGCUCUCGCGUUGGCCAUACUUACAGAAUGCCUGGUUGGGGCGGAAACGGAACACCAGAUGAGCUCAGAGGGAAAAACUUCAUCGCCAUCAACUACAACCGAGUAAUCGAAACCUGGUGGGAUGAAAACUACAAGAAAUAUUACUACCAGCGCCGCCCAGAAAACAAAAAUGUCGAUGUCGGCGAUCUCACAGAUGUUCUUGCAAUCAAGGAAAAACUUCAAUGCAAGGAUUUCUCUUGGUACAUGCGCGAAAUCGCGUAUGACAUUCCAAAGUACUGGCCGAUGGUGCAGCCUAAGAAUCAAGCGUGGGGCGUCUUGAAAAACGAAGGGACCGGCCUUUGCCCGAAUUCUCGCAACUCGAAACAGGUAGAUUACCCGGACUAUCUCUACGACACGGAAAAAUCAGAAGAAGAACUGGCGUUUUUGGAAAAUUUAUACCAAGAGCAGAUUUUUGAUGCGUUGAGGGGAGAAGCAAUCCAAGCUGAUGCUGGCUGCAAUGUUCGUCUUUCUCUCACUUGGCGAGAGGAUAUUCGAAUAGGCGAUGGACCUGUUAAAAACAAUGCAAUGUGCUGGGACGAUUCUAUGGGUGCUAACAAGCGAAUAUCCUACUGGAGCUGUCAUAAUGGCCACGGAAACCAGCUCUACAAGUAUCUCCCAGAUACCAAGCAAAUCUACCAUCCUUCCCAUCGGCUCUGCGUUCAAAUGGUAGAAGACUACCUGAUUUUCGCCGCUUGUGAUGGCAAAGAACCUAACCAGAAAUGGACUUGGAGCGAAGUCGACGAAGAAGUACUCGGCCGCGCUAUGAAGUCACGAAAUCAACCCGGUGACGAUCCACCAGAGCUCGAUUACAUUCAAUAA